GGACUCUUAGUUUACUUUUUAUCGUAUUACUUUCUUUUCCUAAAAUUUUGUAAUGUUUACUACAUUCGCCAAUUAUAUUGUAAAUACGGUCUUUAGAGUUUUAUACCUCAUUCUGUGAUUGAUUUUUUGAAAAAAUUGUUCCGACAAAUCUUGAACGCAUGGUACAGUUUACUUCAUGCCUACAUCCAGGUACAGAGACGACACUUUGAACACAUCCUUUAACUACGAAGACGCUACUAAUAAUGGAUAAUCAGUCGUUUUGGUGGGGCACCGAUGUUGAAGAUUUUUGGUUCAGAGGAUUCACCGUAAAAUCUCAGCAAGGAUUAAUAGGAUUAUGCUUCUUGGUUGGAUUUAUGGCAUUUCUAUUCGAAUACCUCAGAUAUUUGCAAACCAAGCAGAAGCAGAAGGAAUUGAUUUUAAGAGCUAAGCAGAUAAAACUACUGUGUUCAACUGAAAGUGCGGCACUGCUUGCUCAAACCGUCACCAAUACCAGAAAUCCCUUAAAUAUCACUUUAUGUGACAGAGCCUUUCUUUUUGGAAUGGAGGUUUCCCUGUGGUUAUUUGUACAGAAUUUAGGAUAUUUUUUAAUGUUAGGCGUUAUGGUUUUCAACGGAUGGUUUUUAGUCUCUGCUGUGAUUGGAGGUGGUGUAGGUUAUUUUAUUUUUGGACAAAUGUUUAUGAAAAUUAAUAUACAGAAUUGUCACAUUAUGAGGGAGGCAUACUGUACACAGAUCUGUGGAGAAAUAGAUGGUGAAAAUGGUUACAGGGAAGGGCAAUCAACUCCGACUCGAAACAGCCCUUCAACGUCACAAAAUAUCAUUGACUGUCAUAACAGAGACGUACCGCAUUCUGUAACCAACGUUACUGUGCAAUGCCACACUUGACAUUCCAAGGAAAGUAUAAUAUUUUAAUAUAUUCGCAUAUAUUUUACGAUGUAUUUUUAAUUGCAAAUUCGUACAUAUCGAAAUACUUAUUUUUAUUCAUUAGCUGUUUAUUAUGUUCCAUUUUCUAUUGUUAAUUUUGGAUGUGCCAAUUUUAAUAUAAAUUUUAAAGACAGCAUUCACCUGUAAGUGCCUGUAUAGUUCCUAAAAAAUAUUAUAGACAUAUAUUUUACGUUAUUGACUAUUUUGAAUAUGUUAAAUUGUUAAAUAGUUUUAAGGUGUUCCAUAUUUUUCUACAAUUGUUGUAAUGGGUAUACUUUCAUGUUUAAAUAUUUAUGGUCUAGUCAUUGUGGUUUUAUCAAAUCAAAAUAAAUAAACUUUAUUUGACCUUACAAGUUGAUUUCAUUCUUAUAUAUUUAUUUAUGCAGUGUAGAUAAAAG